AAAUAAACACACACUGAGCAUGCGUCACAGAAAUAAUGGAGGACUGUCUUUUCUACCCCGACCGAUGAUGUCUGUAUUUCUACUUUAAAAGACUUGACCGAGGACAAAACGACUCGUCGACACUUCAUUUAACAGUUGAGGUUGAAGUAUCAAUCUCAAGAUGACUGCUGACAUGCCAGUCCAAAGCGUAGGCUCCAGGUUAAUGACCUUCACGCCCUCCAAAGAGGAGUUCAAGGAUUUCAAUGGGUACAUUGCCUACAUGGAGUCAAAAGGGGCACACAAAGCUGGAAUGGCAAAAGUUAUUCCACCUAAAGGCUGGAAACCAAGACAGUCUUAUGAUGAUAUCGAUGACCUGGUUAUUCCCGCUCCAAUUCAGCAGGUGGUGACUGGCCAAUCAGGACUGUUUACACAGUACAACAUCCAGAAGAAGCCAAUGACUGUACAUGAGUUCCGCAAGACCUCCAACACGGACAAGUUCUGCCAUCCGAGAUAUGUGGACUUUGAUGAGCUGGAAAGAAAGUUUUGGAAGAACCUGACCUUUAACCCACCCCUCUAUGGGGCUGAUGUCAGUGGAACACUUUAUGAUCCAGAUGUGACUGAGUGGAACAUUGGCCAUCUCAACACCAUUCUUGACACGGUGGAAAAUGAAAGUGGGAUCAAGAUCAAAGGAGUCAACACGCCUUACCUCUACUUUGGGAUGUGGAAGAGUGCCUUUGCAUGGCACACAGAGGAUAUGGAUCUGUACAGCAUCAACUACCUUCACUUUGGAGAGCCAAAGUCUUGGUAUGUUGUGCCUCCAGAGCAUGGGAAAAGACUGGAACGACUUGCAAAGGGUUUCUUCCCAGGAAAUGCUCAGAGCUGUGAAGCCUUUCUGCGCCACAAGAUGACUUUGAUUUCUCCCUCAAUUCUGAAAAAAUAUGGCAUACCGUUUGAGAAGGUAACUCAGGAGGCUGGGCAGUUUAUCGUGACGUUCCCAUUUGGCUAUCAUGCUGGUUUCAACCACGGAUUCAACUGUGCCGAGUCAACCAACUUUGCCAGCCAGCGUUGGAUUGACUACGGCAAACAGGCCACACUGUGUUCAUGCCGCCAAGACAUGGUCAAGAUCUCCAUGGAUGUGUUUGUACGCAAAUUUCAACCAGACCGUUACAAACUGUGGAAAGCAGGCAAAGACAACGCUCCCAUUGACCACUCCAAACUCACACUGGAGGCGGGUCAGUUUCUAAAAGGCAAGACCAAGCCUUUAAAGCCUGUUCCUAAUGAAGCUGGAUCUGAGGAGCCAACGACCCCUGUCCAAGAGGACAAAAGUUCAAAGACUCAAAUUGGGAAGAAGCAUCAGCUUGAAGCAUUCAGAGCCUCUGAAGACUUCAAGCCUGAGCUCACCCUGAAGGAGACUGUAGAAGUGGAGCCAAAGACGGCCAAGUUGAUUGAUGAGGACUCUUCAACCAGAGUCCCAGACAUCCCAGAUAAAGACACAGUAAGAGUCAAGCUGAAGCCUAAGCCGGACAAAGAGAAGAGGCUGCAGACUAAAUCUCCGUUUAAAGUCAGAACAAACAAAAGUUUAAACAGACGGAGUCCUUCAAAAAAAAACAAGAACAAUACGUCCAAUUUGGAUGUCUGUCCUUCAAAGAUCUUUGAUCUCCAAAAUACCGCUGUAUGCUCUGAGAGGGCGGGCGGCAGUGAGGAGCCGAAGCUUAGCAGCAGCUGCAGUCAGACACACAAAUUAUUUCAGAGGAGCCCUGCAGACGUCCUGCAUGUGCACAGCUACGCCAAAGGAGACUACGGAGAGGGAGAAGCCCCAACCAAGGACGAGAAGCUGUCUGAGGGCAGUGAUUGUGAGACGGAGAAAGACAACCAAUAUAUGUUCAAAAGAGUAAAAGAAGAGGCAGCUGGAAAAGUAGAGUCGAAACCUGAUCUGGGGCAGCUUCCAGGCCACCAUCCUCUCAUAAAGGACGGCAUGAGCGAUGAAGAGACUCCACAAGAGGCUCUACCAGCAGACGAGGGUGGUGUGGAAGGGGAGAGCUGGGCCAAACCUUUGGCUCACCUGUGGCAGAGCGGACCUUCCAACAUGAAGAAAGAGAGGGAGUACAACAAGCGCAUGGGCUCCAAACCUCCAUACUGCUGCAUCUGCGCCCUGUUCUACACAUACCAGCAGACUGAAUGUUCAAACAGUCUAGGUAGUCCUGUCAAGGUGGCUGAUGGGCGGAUAUGGACCAAACCACUGAUCCCAGAGACGUGUUUCACCACCACCACAGAAGAGGACUCUGAGUGUGAGGAGCAACCUGUCACACCUCAUCUUGAGGAAGACGGAACCAGUCUUCUCAUCAGCUGCUCUCAGUGCAACGUCCGGGUCCACACCAGCUGUUAUGGUGUAGAUCCAGCCAGUGUGAGUGAGGAGUGGAAAUGUGCACGCUGCAGGGCUGGAGCCAUGACUGAGAAUUGCUGUUUGUGUUCACUGAGGGGUGGAGCACUGCAGAAAGCCAACAACAACAAGUGGGUACAUGUUCUGUGUGCCGUGGCUGUGUUGGAGGCACGCUUUGUCAACAUCAGUGAAAGAAGUCCUGUGGACUUAAGUGGAAUCCCUUUGCAGAGAUUCAAACUGAAAUGUUACUACUGUAAGAAGAGGAUGAAGAAAGCAUCGGGCUGCUGUGUGCAGUGCUCUCAUGGCCGCUGUCCAACUGCCUACCAUCCCACCUGUGCCCAGGCUGCUCGAGUACUCAUGCAGCCAGAUGAAUGGCCCUUUGUAGUCCAUGUUACCUGCUGUAGACACAAAGGCCCCAUUCAGAUUGAACGCAAUAAAGCAGCCAUGCAUGAGCUAACUGUGGGACAGAAGGUGAUAUGCAAGCACAAGAAUGGCCGCUACUACCAGUGUGAUGUGGUGCAGCUGUCUAAAGAGACGUUCUACGAGGUCAACUUUGACGACGGUUCCUUCAGCGACAAUCUCUUCCCCGAGGACAUCGUGAGUCGCAACUGUUGUCAGCUUGGACCCCCACCUCAGGGUGAAGUGGUUCAGGUGAGAUGGACAGACGGCUUGGUCUAUGGAGCCAAAUUUGUGGCAGCUCAUGCAGUACACAUGUACCUGGUGGAGUUUGAGGACGGUUCACAGCUUACAGCUAAGAGAGAUGAUGUUUACACUCUGGAUGAGGAGCUUCCUAAGAGAGUCAAAUCCAGAUUGUCCAAAGCCUCAGACAUGAGAUUUGAUGGAAUCUUUGAAGAGAAGGAAAUCAUCAAAGAAUCAAAGAGGCAGAGAGUGAUCAACUCCCGCUACAGAGGGGACUACAUCGAGCCUGUGAUUUACAGAGCAAUCAUGGAGUAACCCCCUUCUGCGUCUCAGCGCACCACCAGCACUGACUGACUGGACUGUGACACAUGAACCUUCACCAAGCAGCUUUCCACAACUAAUUGUAGCUCCGGAUGACUUUUUCUUAGGACUUUUUCUCUUUUUUGUACUCAGUCAUCUGUUUCUGUUAAGAGAGACUUGUGUUGACCUGGUUUGAAUGCAAGCCGACGUAUUUUAAGUUUAGGACUCAACACAGUGCAGUGGGCUGACCCUUAGCCAGGACAGGACAUGAAAUAAGAAUCUGUACGCAUUAGUAGCAUUCUGACACUUAAAUAGAAAUUGACGGUGAAGCACCUUGAAGAAAACGAGGUUGAGCUCACGUUAAAAGAACAUGAGUGGCCUUAUGUAAAGUAAAUGUUUUGAUUAAUUUAUACCCUCGUAUUUAGAGUUUGUUAUUUUUUUUUUAUAUUGCCGAGUCAUGCUGAGAAUAACUCUCAUACUGCAAUUCAUCCUUUUACUCCUGACCCCUCCACACUCUUUUAUCUCGUUACCAGUGUGUGACCGAUGCUGACUCUCAUGAUCAAUCUGUCAAUUAUCUUCUCAACCAAACCACUAAAUGAUUUCUAUUUAUCUUAUUGGAAAUUAAGAAGAACAAUGCUCAUGACAAUUCUCCUAAUCUUAAAGUGAUUUUUUAUGACCAAUAUUUAGAGUCAAGUUUCACAUUGGAGAAGCUCAACAAGUAAUCAAAAAGUGACUUUUACACUGAGGUUGAUACAUUUUUUGUUCCUUUAUCAACAUGAUAUUUCACAUGAAUGUGUGGCCUUUGUUCCCAGUCAUGCUUGGGAUUCUUUAUUCAACAAUAAUAUAAAGUUAAAUCUUUAAUUCCAUUAAUAACUUCUUGCUUGCUCAGCAACAUUGUGUCCACUGUGUCCGUUUUGUUCACUAGGUGUUACAUUUUGUACUUUGCAACGUCGGUGAUGAGCACAGCAGCAAGCACCGAGAAAAAAAUCUCAAAAAAUUACAUUUAAAAAUACUCAGACCUGCACAAAUCCAAAAGUACCACUUAGGAAAAAACCCAGUAAACAAACAGAAAAUUUAAAAUUGUAGAGUGCAGAGAUUUAAGCGGAUAAUAAAGCCAGAGCCUUUUAAACCAGCAGAAAUUUGUUAGAGUAAUACUCCACCCAAACAGUUUUAAAAACAUAGCAGCUUGUCUCUGAUGGCCUUGUUUCAUGAGUUUUUAUUCUAAUCACGAGUGGCUUUCAAGACAACUUGAUGAAAAUCAUCUAAACAUGUAAUAAGGAAUAAUCUGAUCAGAGAGGAGUGUACACGUCUGGAUCAUCUUUUUUAGUUGCUGCCUCUGGGGAGGCUCUUCUAAGUAUUUCCGUAGAUAUUUAUAUAAAGCCAACCCAGAUGUGUAGUGAGCAGACACAAACAGGAAGUUCAAGGUUCAGUGCAGUUUUAGACUUUUUGAAACUUUUUAACGAGAAACUCCAAAUAGAUAAAUACUAAUAUAUGGAUGAAUUAUUUGUUGAAGUAUUUAAAAAAAAUAAAAGCCAUUUAACUAAUUAUACCUCGUCUUUAAAGUAGAGAUGCACCGAUCCACUUUUUUUCAGUUCCGAUCCGAUUCCGAUACAUAUGUACCGAUAACAAUAUUCGAUACGUAAAUUCUGUCGAUAUCGGACCCAGAUGGGAUCGGUCCCAUCUCUACUUUAAAUGAAACUUAAAACUUAAUAUAGCUUUGCCAUAACAACCUUUUUCGACCAGCCUAUAUAUUGGAGUACUUCUGGAAAGUCGUCUUUGCGUUACAGGAUUGAGUGUUAGAGGCUGAUAUGCAUUUUCUAUUUUUUCUACAGUUUGUAUUUCCAGGUUCUUUUUUUCAGAAACGACUCUUGUUUUGAAGACACAAGACAUAUUCAGUUGUCUCGCCACUCUUGUAUUCAGUUGUGCAUUUCAUUUUUAGAAGUGCAGCUUGCAUGACGAGUUUAAUAGUAUUAAGUGUUUGCUCUUUGUUUGAAAUCUGUUGAAAAUAUUCUUUGUUCCCUUCUAACCUUUCACAUGGAGUGUGCAUGUUCUCAAAGCCCAUUAAUCAUAAUGCACUUUUAACAACUUCAUAUUGCCUUCAUGAUGUCAUCAUUUGCCUGCAACUUUUUUAAUUGUGAUGGUGCAAGACUGCAAAGAAGGGAAUAUACAUUUUGUAGUUGUUGGUGAUGAAUGUCCUGCUUUAAUGAGUCAGUCGAGAAUAUUUUUAUGUUUUUAAAGUUUGAAUACAGUUGUACAUUCGGUUAGUGGGAUUUUUCUAUUCCAUUAUGUUGAAUUGUUUUAUAAAACAUGUUCUAUGUGUAUUUUUACAGACACCUGUACAUUUCCAAUGUUAUAGUCUGAAAGCUUCUCCCUGGACGAAUUCUCCAUCUUUCUUAUGUCAUCGCUGCGAGAAGAAAAUGAUUCAAACAUUUCAUGUUUGUUUUUUGAGUCCAGAGGUUUGUCUCAACGCUUUUUGUUUGUCUUCAUUAUACAUCAACUAAGUUUUAUUAAAAAAAUAAUUUUCUUGUCAAAAGUUA